UUAACGCAAAUUUUCUAAUUAAGCUACUUAACCGGUCACAAUAAUAACUUGGUUCAAAGUUGAAUAUGAUUAAUCGAUUUUACAUUUUUAUCUACGUUGAAAUAUGGUGCGACUAUUAUGGAGUACCUAGUUUUUAAUCCAAAGAGUAGUAUGAUAAUACAGUUUACGUAGUAACUAGUUCUUAAUCUGUGAAUACAGUUUUAAUCUGUAGGUGUGACAUCUGACAGCAUCAAAGUCAAGAACGGACUGCCUCUGUUAAAAAAGCUAAUUAUUUAGGAAUUUCCUCAUUUUAAAACUUGAGAAAAUAAAAUAAUCAAAAUGUAUUUGAGGCGAUUUACACGUUUUGCUUUACAAAACGAUGUUAAUUUCAGAAAAUAUAUCAUAAUACCGAAGCGAUCGGCAACAACAACACCUAGUGGAGCUAUACUUCCAGAACCCGAGAAAACUCCUUUUGGCCUUUUGAGUAUUGUAUGCGCAGUGAUUCCAGGGCUACUCAUUGGCGCGGCCAUCAGCAAGAAUAUUGCUAACUUCUUAGAAGAAAAUGAAUUGUUCGUACCAUCUGAUGACGAUGAUGACGAUGACUAGAUAAGUUUAAGUAUCAUUAAUUACUAAUAUUUUGUUACGAAUCUCUUC